CUGAAGUUCCACUUGUCAACCAGAAGAAAUGCAACGAGGCAUAUACAUCCUUUUCUCCCAUCACUCCACGUAUGAUUUGCGCUGGUUUCUACGAAGAAGGAGGAAAAGACGCUUGCCAAGGUGAUUCGGGCGGUCCACUCGUCGCAUACAGCCCAGACGACGGAACACCACGUUUGGUCGGAAUCGUUUCAUGGGGUUACGGUUGUGCCCAACCUAACUACCCAGGCGUAUACUCCCGCGUUUUAGCUGCACGCGAUUGGAUCUCUGCCAACACUGGAAUCUAAGCAAUCACAUCUUCAUUGUGAGAUUUAAAUAAUAUUGGAUUGGAUUGGAUUGGAUUGGAUUGACCAUUGGCGUCAUUACCGUCAUUAUAAAGUCAAUCACAAUUUCGACCAUUUUUUUUGGUCAACGUCAUUUAAACAAACAUUUUGUAUGAUUAACUUAGAAUUUUCUUAACAAAACGAAAAAAAUUGAAUAAAAAAAUCCCAAGUAUUUUCAUUUAUAGCAAUAUCAUAAAUUAUCAAGUGCAACCUGAUUCACCAUGUGUAAUCUAUGCACUUUGUACACAACUGUAGAAAUAAAAAGCCUCUUAAACAAACUAUCAUUUAAAAAUAGGUUACAUCUGUAGAAAGUAUCUAGAUCUACAUUCCUCAAAAUAGUGAAGUCAAAACGAUGACAAACAAACAACAUGCAAUAUAUUUUGAGUUCCAUGCAAAGUAAGGAGUAUAAAAGCUACGGUUUACGGAAUAUAGUGAAUAGUAUCUGUCAAGCGUAUCGAUGACAACAAAACUUUUCUGAUUCACUGUUAAAUCGAUAGCCAAGAUGGAAGAAAUUCCUUAACAGUAAAAUGAAAUAUUUUAUAAAUUUGAAGAGAAAAGUCAAAGAGUUUAAUAAAUCCAUGUUGAUACAUGCAUGCAGUUACAAUAUGUAGGAACAACAACAACAGUAAAAUAUACUCGUAGUUUUCUACAAAAUAUUUUUGGGAAAAAAUGGGCAAAAUCUAUGAUAUCAACUAACUACCCGAGUAACAGAAAGGAAAAUCUACAUUUAUGAAACACAGAGCUUUGACAAAGACAAUUUUUCGUUGUUUCUUUGUCUUCUUCAUCAUUUUUCAGUUGAAACACAAUCGUUUUACUUGUAAAAUGUCGCCUUCGGACUCAUCUUCCUCGGAGUUUUCGCCACUAGAUACAUUCCCAAAUCGUUGCUUUAGAACAAACAUCUCCAAUUUUCACAAUAUUUGAUUCUACUUGAUAAAAUUUGUCCAUUCCAAUUUGAUUGUUGAACAACACUUUAACUAUGAAACAAAGUCGAAUUAUAAACAAUUUUUUACUGAUUUUAUUUCAAGAAUUUUUCGAUGUAAAUUUCCAAUGCAUUC